AUGAAGAGUUGCGGUUUGCAUGUUUUCUACUUAACAACAAUUUUUAAGUUUAUCUUGUCUCAACUUCCUUCAAAUAUUCAAUCACUUGAGUUAGAGUUUGCUUCUGUAGCAGAGACAUAUGCACCUGAACGUAGACUGCUGGUAACUACAGAAGAUGACGAAGAAAGCUUGGAUAAAAAGAAAAGAAUACUUUGUAUAGGAGACUCUAUUACACUCGGAUAUUACGGUGUUCCAAAACACUUUCACCCAUAUAGUUAUAAGCUGCGAAAACUAUUACAGCAACAGUUCGGUGACGAAGUUGAAGUAACUUCAAAAGGAGUUGGUGGAGAAAGAGUACAUAAAGAAAUGUAUGCACGUCUACAACGUGAACUAAGUGUUAAAAGAUACGAUUUGGUAAUCAUCUUAGGGGGUGUCAACGAUUUGGUAACUUUAGAUUGCUUACACACAAUUGAUCUGUUUGAAGAAAUUCGCGCUUUGCAUGAAAUUGCCAGAAGUCAAAACAUUAAAACGGUUGCCAUGACAAUUUUAGAAGCACAUGUCUUAGUUAAAAAAAUUAAAUUUAUGGAUGAGAGGUCUUUUGAAGCAAUGCGAAUGCUUACAAAUUACAAAAUAAGACAAAUGGUUGACGACAUGACGUCACUUUGUGAUACAUCGCUAAAGUUCCCUUUUAGUUCACUACCUUGGGACAUGCAAAAAAAGCUAUGGUCUACUGAUAAGGUUCAUCCAACUCCGGAGGGUUACGAUAUACUAGGUGAAAUUGUUUUUGAUUGUAUAAAAGAAGAUAUUUACAAUUUGUAA